CGUGUAAUAGUGAUUUAGCGCCUUCCCAUCUAAUCCUAAAUUCGUUGAUAAGUGAAGAGUGCAGUUUUAGGAGAGACUUUUGAAAAGAUGGUUUUGAUAAAAGUGAGCUUCCUGGUGCUUUUGGUGGGAGUUUUGGCAGUUUUUGGACAGAACGAAGAAAAUCAUGUGGACUCGGCCGAACAAGAUCUGGAACCGGCUGAAACAAUUUUCCUAGCGAAGAAAAUUUGUAAGAUGCUUCUGAAAGGACUCGGUGGAUUGUUUCUGUUAGCUCCCAAAGGGGGUUCUCAGGGUGGAUUCCCAGGACUUGGAGGUGGUUUGGGAGGACUAAAGGAAAAAUUCUCGGGUCUGCACAAUCUGGGCGGUGGAUUUUUGCCAUCCCCCGGACCCGGACCAGUUCCAGUACAGGCUGUUGCCGCAGCUCCACAAGUAGGAGUCGCUGUAGCUGUUCCACCCCCACAACCAACAGAAUACUCCGGAAACCUUCACGUGAUGGGAUACUUGACGCCAGUUCAGCUAUCAGCUGCUCCAGUUGCCACGCCUUUAGCAUAUGGAGCUCACCCGGCCGAAGAAGGUUACCAUUUGCCAGUUCCUUCCCCAGUUCCGGCUACUCCUUGAUGCUCGACCGGAAGCCGGAAGUCGGGCGCUUAAGACCAAACAUUUUCUAAAUCUUUCUUGCUCAAACCACCUGAACCUGCCUAUGCCAAUCCAGGGAUACUCUAAAAUGCUCUUAGAUAUAUCAGUGUCUGAUAUUAUGUAAAGUGUAAAGAAAAAACCAUUACAUCAAAGACUAACUUAUGUACAAUAUGCAAAAAAAACCCAAGUCGAACAGUUAUGAAUACUAUUGAUUAUAGAUAAGA